AUGGACAACGAUGUCGAGGAUUGCGUGUACUUCGGGCGCGCGUUGGAGCGCGCGGAGGGCGCGGGGGGGCGCAAGCUUCACCUGGCGGUGGCGGAGGGGCGCGCGAAGCAGGCGGUGCCGCCGUGGCAGCAGGAGGCGCGCGACGAGGAGGGCAGGCGGCGGUUUCACGGCGCGUUCACGGGGGGCUUUUCCGCGGGGUACUUCAACAGC